UCCACUACCAAAACCAGCCUCGUCUCUUAUUUCCUCUCCCUGCUCUGCUUCUUACACUAUUCUUUCCUGGCGGCGCCUCAGCAGCUCAGGUUUAUUUGGGUGUUGUCGUUCCUUAAAUAUGGAGGAGCAGGGGUCGAAACAAUUUUCAUUUCCGCCCGAUAGCCCUCCACUCUCUGUCAUUGCUGCCGCUAAGAUUGCUGGAAUCGAUUUACCAAUUCAGACUUCCUCUUCUUCUUCUUCUUCUUCUUCUCCCACUCUGUCUUUCUCAAACGGGCUCAAAUUGCAUGGAACUAAUGUAAUUCUCCGCUACGUCGGUCGCCUUGCUACCAUUCGUAAUUUCUACGGCCACGACGCUUUCCAUGCCGCCCAAAUUGAUGAGUGGCUGGAGUAUGCUCCUAUCCUUUCAUUUGGUUCUGAAUUUGAGAAUGCUUGCGGUUUCCUGGACACAUAUUUGGAGAAGCGUACCUUUCUGGUUUCUCAUUAUUUCUCCAUUGCUGACAUAUCUAUCUGGUCUGGUCUUGCUGGAACUGGGCUAAGAUGGGAAAGCAUGAGGAAGUCAAACAAGUACCCAAACCUUGUUCGCUGGUACAAUUCUGUUUCUGCAGAAUAUAGUGAUACCUUAAAGCAAGUCACAGCUUUUUAUGUUGGCAAAAAAGGCUUGGGAAAGCCAGUGGCAGCUAAACAAAAAGAGCAAAAGAGUGUAAAUGGGGAUAUUUCCGAUAAGGCAAAAGUUGCUAGCCGGCCUUCAGCUGAAGUAGAUCUUCCUGAUGCUGAGAUUGGGAAGGUGCGGUUGAGAUUUGCUCCUGAACCUAGCGGUUAUCUUCACAUAGGGCACUCUAAAGCAGCCCUAUUAAAUCAGUAUUUUGCUCAAAGGUACCAAGGUGAAGUAAUAUUGCGCUUUGAUGAUACAAAUCCAACCAAAGAAAGCAAUGAAUUUGUAGAAAAUCUUAUAAAAGAUGUUGAGACUUUGGGUAUCAAGUAUCAAAAGAUCACCUAUACUUCUGAUUACUUCCCAAAGUUAAUGGAGAUGGCUGAAAAGUUGAUACAGGAAGGUAAAGCCUAUGUGGAUGAUACGCCACGUGAGGAAAUGCAGAAGGAAAGGAUGGAUGGCAUUGAAUCAAAAUGUAGGAACAACAGUGUGGAGGAGAAUUUGAAGUUGUGGAAGGAAAUGAUUGCUGGCUCUGAAAGGGGCUUGCGGUGCUGCCUUCGUGGGAAGUUAGACAUGCAAGAUCCAAACAAAUCUCUAAGGGAUCCAGUGUACUACCGCUGCAAUCCAGUUUCCCACCAUCGAAUUGGAUCCAAGUACAAGAUAUACCCAACUUAUGAUUUUGCUUGUCCAUUUGUUGAUGCUGAAGAAGGCAUAACACAUGCACUCCGAUCUAGUGAGUAUCACGAUCGCAAUGCUCAAUACUAUAGGAUUCAAGAGGAUAUGGGAAUGCACAAGGUACUCAUAUAUGAGUUUAGUCGAUUGAAUUUGGUCUAUACGCUUCUUAGUAAGCGUAAGCUGCUCUGGUUUGUGCAAAACGGUAAAGUAGAUGGAUGGGAUGAUCCCCGUUUCCCAACUGUCCAAGGAAUUGUUCGCCGAGGUCUGAAAAUAGAGGCCUUGAUACAAUUUAUUUUGGAACAGGGAGCAUCAAAAAAUCUCAAUCUUAUGGAAUGGGACAAACUUUGGACUAUUAACAAGAAGAUCAUUGAUCCUGUUUGUCCUAGACAUACAGCAGUUAUUGAAGAACGACGCGUGUUGUUGACCUUAACUAAUGGUCCUAAUGAGCCAUUUGUUCGCAUUAUCCCAAGGCAUAAAAAGUAUGAUGGUGCUGGAGAGAAGGCAACUACAUACACAAGGAGGAUAUGGAUAGACUAUGCUGAUGCAGAGUGCGUCUCAGUGGAUGAGGAGGUUACCUUAAUGGAUUGGGGAAAUGCCAUCGUGAAGGAUAUCAUUAAGGACCAGGAUGGAAACAUCACCCAGUUAGUAGGAAUUUUGCAUCUUGAAGGAUCUGUCAAGACAACAAAGUUGAAGCUCACAUGGCUAGCAGAAACAAGCGAACUCGUUAACCUUUCAUUAGUGGAGUUUGACUAUCUAAUAACAAAGAAGAAGCUGGAAGAAGGAGAGGAUUUCCUAGAUGUACUAAACCCAUGUACGAAAAGGGAGAUAGCAGCAGUUGGAGAUUCCAACAUGCGCAAUUUAAAGCAAGGAGAGAUAUUGCAGCUGGAGAGGAAAGGCUACUUCAGAUGUGAUGUUCCCUUUGUUAGACCUUCAAAGCCUGUGGUUUUGAUCGCAAUUCCUGAUGGCAGGCAGCAAAGUGUGUUGAAGUAGGCAAUUUUACCCUAUCUUAUUCAGAUCCUGAAACACUAGAGGAGAAAAACACUAGAGGAGAAAUUAUGAGCUCUUGCUAUUCUCUCUCUCUCUCUCUGGCUGAUAUUUGGACAUGCAAGUUUACAAGUUUAUGAAUAUUGUGGAUGGAACAUUUUCUGGUUCGUGUUUUAUGGUCAUUAUGAACAUAAGUGUUUUCUUUUUUUCAAUUCUUCUGGUACAACUAUUAACAUGGGUGGGUUCGUUUC